GAAGGCAGUUUACCAAAAGAGAGAGAGGAGAGGAGACGAACACGACGAUAUAAACCGCAUUAAGACUGUAUUUCUGGUUCAUCUGACACUUUCAUUUUGAGGAUUAUCGAAAGAGGACUUAACAAACAGAUGGGGACCGCCCGUUUCGUGGUUCUAGCCACUUUGGUCGUCGUUUUUCAGACUUUAACUGUAGUGUCCUCUGAGGAGUCAUCAUGUGUACCUGGAUUUACAUCAGAUGUGUACAUUUUCAAAGUGUACAAAAAGCAUCUUCAUCGGGGCAUGAGACUUGGCAAAGUGGACUUCACUGACUGCACAGAGCGCCAAAGAUUUCUCUUCAGCACUGACAACAACCGUAUCACAGUACAGACAGAUGGCACUCUAACGGUAAAUUUGCCGUUUGCUCUACAUGAUGGUCAGCGGGACCUGAACGUCCACACCUGGGAUUCAAAAACCCACAAAUUCACAGUUUCUGCCAGGGUGGUCAACCAAGGGCAUUACAAUGGAGAGGGGCACCAUCAUGGGAGCCGAGAUGAGCGGCACCAAGGAGACAAACAAUCACAACAUCAUGGGGACCAUCAUGCAGAUCACCAUGCACAGCACCAUGGGGGUCACCAUCGGGAACACCACAGGCACCACCACAGGGAAAAUGAUCAGGAUCAUCAAAAUCCCCAUAAUGAACACAAUCAUCAUUUGCAUCCCAGUAAUGAGCAGGGUGGAACCACUGCCCCUGCACCUGCUGUCCAUGGCCAAAACUCAGAGGAAGGCUUGAAGAGGAAUAAAAGAGAAGUGGACAUGAAAAGUCAUGUGCUGUUUUUCCCCAAAGCUACUCAAGGGUUGAAAAGGAGGAAAAGGGAAUGGAUUAUUCCUGACAUCAAAGUUUCAGAGAAUGAAAGAGGACCUUUCCCUCAGAGAGUAGUUCAGAUCCGGUCUAGUGAAGAUAAAGAGAAAGUGAUCCAUUACAGCAUUACUGGUCAUGGAGCUGAUCUGGAUCCUGUUAAUUUAUUCCGCAUGGAGAUGAACACCGGAUGGCUGUUGGUCACACAGCCACUAGACAGAGAGAAGCAAUCCAACUACACCUUUCAAGCACAUGCUGUUGCAGAUGGAGGAACUGCAGAGAAUCCAAUGGACAUUAAAGUUAUUGUAAUUGACCAGAAUGACAACAACCCAAUAUUUAAUGAAAAAACCUACCUGGGAGAAGUUGCAGAGUCAUCACCUGUUGGGUUUGAAAUCCUUAAGGUUGUGGCCACAGAUGCAGAUGAGCCAGACAAUGACAAUUCAGAUAUCCGGUACAGUAUUACGAACCAGGAACCAAAAAAGCCUUCUGCAACAAUGUUUGAAAUCAACCCAGUCAAUGGAGUCAUCAGAGUCAAUGCACAAGGGCUAGACAGAGAGAAAUUCUCAAAAUACACUUUGGAUGUAACUGCAGCAGACUAUAAGGGACUGGGGUUACAGGGAAGAACACAAGUCAUUCUUACCAUCACAGAUAGCAAUGACAAUGCUCCAGUCUACACUCAGACCAAUUUUGAGGCAGCAGUCCCAGAAAACAAAGUGGACGCUUUUGUCACCAAGAUGACUGUGACUGAUGAAGAUGAUGCACAUACUCGUGCUUGGAACGCCAAAUUUACAAUAGUUGACGGAGAUCCUGGAGGUCUCUUCACCGUAAAAACGGGACUGAACAAACAGGAAGGAAUCAUUACCACUGCCAAGGGUCUGGACUUUGAAAUGAGCAGAAAACACACUCUUCUGGUUGCAGUGGAGAAUGAGGUUCCUUUCGCCACCAACCUGCCUACUGCCACAGCCACAGUGGUGGUGAACGUGGAAGAUGUUAACGAAGCUCCAAUCUUUGACCCUGAAGUGAAGCAGGUGGCAAAACCAGAGAACCUUGAUGCUGAUAGUGAAGUGGUGCGGUACACUGCUCACGACCCAGAUACUGCGCUCAACCAGAAAGUCAUGUAUAAAAUAUUGAGAGACCCAGCAGGCUGGUUGAAUGUGGCCAAAGACACAGGUGUGAUUACAGUAAAGACGAUGAUGGACAGAGAGCAUUAUUUGGUCAAGGACGACAUUUACACAGCACUCAUUGGGGCAUAUGAUGAUGAUGACGUCCCAGCCACAGGAACUGGAACCCUGCAGAUCGUUCUUCAGGAUGUUAAUGACAAUGCUCCCACAAUUGAAGAACGUUCUAUUAAGGUGUGUAAUAAGGACUCCGCUCCUCAGCUGCUGACAGUAACGGAUAAAGAUGGCGAGGGCAACGCUGCUCCUUACAGAGUCUCAUUAAGUGGACCAACGAAGUCCAACUGGACUGCUAGGAUGAAUGGCACCAAGACUGGCAUCAUCCUGAAUUUAGCCAAACAGCUAGACCAUGGAAUGUAUACAGUGAUCCUGAAAGUUGGAGAUAACCAGGGUAUGGAGCAGGACAGCACCAUCCAGGCUGAAGUGUGUGACUGCACGGGGAAAGAAGCACAGUGCAAUGCAUACCGUGAAGCUGGAGUCCCACUGCCAAUUAUCCUUGGAAUUCUCGGAGGCAUCCUGCUGCUUCUCAUGCUUGUGUUGCUGCUGCUGUUGUUCGCAAGACGUCGAGGAGUAGAGAAGAAGGAACCGCUGCUGCAAGAUGACGACGUCCGAGACAAUAUCUAUUACUAUGAUGAAGAGGGAGGUGGAGAGGACGAUCAGGACUACGAUCUGAGUGUCCUCCAUCGUGGACUGGACAACAAGCCAGAUGUGUUUAGAAAUGAUGUGAUUCCAAACUUCAUGCCAGCUCCUCAUUACCGGCCUCGACCUGCCAACCCUGAAGAGAUCGGCAACUUCAUCGAUGAUAACCUGAAGGCUGCAGACAAUGACCCCACGGCGCCCCCUUACGACUCGCUGCUGGUUUUCGACUAUGAAGGUGGUGGCUCGGAUGCAGGAAGUCUUUCUUCCUUGAACUCGUCAAGCAGCGGAGACCAGGACUACGACUGCCUCAAUGAAUGGGGGCCGCGUUUCAAGAAACUGGCCGACAUGUAUGGAGGAGGAGAUGACGAUGACAUGCUGUAGAUGCACCAAAGUACGCCCAGAGUAAAUAUCUGACACCUGUCCAGUUGCGUGAAUGUUGGACUGUCGUAAACAUUGAGUGGAAAACCAAAAGAAAACAUCUCCAGAUCCACUGAGUGAUUGCUUGUGUAGACUUUGGUUUACCUUUCAGUGCAGUCGUUUUAGCAGUUCAUAACACACUGCUGCCAGGCCUAAAGAUGAGUCCUGUUUUUUGUUGCCUUUUUUUUUUUUUAAUAUAUAAAAUUUCCCAUGAUGCUUAAGCUCUGUUUUUGUCUUUUUGAUCCUUGUUUGGAGCUAAAGAGUCUGUGUUUGUUCAUAUAUGGAACACUGUUGAUGCAAAUAACAUCUUGGAGAUUUCACAUUUAAAUAACAUUACGAAGUGUGUUAACAGAUAUAUUUCUGGCAAGUUAAAAUGUGACAUGUUUUGACAUAUGUUAGCAUCCAAAGCCUGAUCCCAGCUGGGUUGUUUUGUUCUAGUACAGUAGGGGAGUUCAGAAGUCCAAAUGCUGAGUGUAGAGUUCAGACCAAUAUACUAGUUUGAGCCAAGUGUCACAAGGGCUGGGCAAUAUUAAUGCAAAAUUACAUCUUUGUUUCAUAAUUUUUUUUUUUUUCUGUCUAAAUGAACUUCAAAUAUGAUACAAAAUUAACUUUCAUUUUUAAAUCAAUUCGCUGCAUAUAUGAAACAUCAAACAUAACAAAUAAUGCACACUUGCAAAUGUUGUUUUUGAAGAAAUAGUCAUUUUAAAUAAACUAGAGCGCCAUGUGUUGGUAAUGACUGUGGACACAUUAACAGAGAAUGUUUACAUUAGAAGACCUCCAGUGGAAAUGCGGUCACUUCACUUUGAAAUAUUUCCCAGCCUUAGUGUCUCCUUGACGAUCUUGUUUAUCUUGUUUACUGUGAAUUAGGCACUCAACAUCCCCCACUGGAACUUUAAAUUGGUCUGUUCUAAACUGUUUGUCAUUUCCUAUGACUGCAAACACAUCCAUAACCUGCUGAUUCAGAUUAAGUUGACUCUUCCCUCCUCAUGAACACUACAAUGGCCACAUUAAGGCAUCAGGUUGUAUCUUGUAAAAGCCAAGGCAGACAUGUAUUUUAUUUUGUCCAAGCAGUCCAAGAUACUAUUUGCUCAAAUUGCAUGACAGCAUUCCGAUUUUUUUUGGCCAUACUUGGAGACAAUGAACAUGCAGUUAUGCUAGCAGUUGCACUGUUAAAACAAAGUAUGGUACUUCUUUUUUCCCUUUUUGUAGACUUUCUACUACCACUACAUGCUAAUGUUUUUGUAUUCUUGUUUCAAUGAAAUGACAAUGAUUGAGGUGAAAUUCAGGCCAUAUUUACCCUAGUUAAGAAAUACUUUUAAAAUGUUGAUGUUAGUUUGACGUCUUUAUUAUACUGUAAUGUCAAAACACUGUUGUUGCCCAGCAGGGUAUUUUAUUACAAAUGCUUUGUUAAUUUUUAUAAAGUUAUCAUAAUACUAAA